AUUGCCUCCAAACAAAAACAAAACCAACACAUUUUAAAAACCGAAAGUGAAAAUAGCAAACUGUUGAUCCGCGGGCCAUCCAUUUGAAAAAGGCUGAAGGCGCUUCCGGACGAGGGAGCCCCAGCCAGGCCCGGAGGGUUCCAGCGACUACCCGCGCCGCUAGCGAGGUUUCCGGGAACCUGGGCGCGGCGCUCGGCCGGCCGAGGCGCGUGAGUGGGCGACCCCUUCCCGCGCUGCCAUUCCUGCUCCUAGUGGGCCCGGCUGGAGAGGCCGUGAGUGGCGACCAGGGAGUCAUGGCAGCUGAUGAAGAUAACAAAGAACAAGUUCUUAAGGAAUGUGAGCAAGCUGAAGAAGUUAUGAAAGAUAAACAAAACCAGAAAUCAGUUAGUGAAAUCAUAAAGGAAAAUAUUCAGUUAAAGAAGGAGAUCCAAAAACUUGAAGCUGAGUUACAAGAGACCACCGGGACCUCUCAGAUUAAUGAGGAUAUUCCUGAAACAAAGAUAAAGUUCACAUCUGUGGAGAAUCCUGAGAGUGACAGCGAGUUUUCAGAUAUCUCCUAUUCAUGUCAAGUGAGCUCAAAAGUCCCUUAUGAGCUGCAAAAAGGACAAGCACUUAUUACCUUUGAAAAAGAAGAAGUUGCCCAAAAUGUGAUCAAAAUGGCACGCCAUCUUGUGCAGGUACAGAAUGAAAAUGUGAUGCUCAUGGCCAACCCAGUUCCAUUAAAUUCAGGAGUCAGAUUCCAGGUUCAUGUAGGAGUGUCUAAAAUGAAAAUCAGCGUUACUGACAUUCCUGAUGAAUUGCCAGAAACUCAGAUGAGAGACAAGCUAGAACUGAGUUUCUCUAAGUCUCGCAACGGAGGCGGAGAAGUGGAGUGCGUGGAGUAUGACAAGCAGACCCGGAGCGCCCUCAUCACCUUUGUGGAAAGUGGAGUUGCUGACAGGAUUUUGAAAAUGAAAGACUAUCCUCUUUAUAUAAAUCAAAACUGCUAUAGAGUUACAGUUUCUCCAUACACAGAAACACACUUGAAAAAGUUUCAGGUAUUUUCAGGAGUAUCUAAGAGGACAGUGCUUCUGACAGGAUUGAAAGACCUUCAGAUGACAGAUGAAGAAACUGUAGAGGAUUUCAUUAGCAUUCACUUUCAGCGGGAGAAGAAUGGAGGUGGAGAAGUCGAGGUGGUCAAAUGUUGCCUCGGGCAACCUCACACAGCAUACUUUGAAGAAUAGGCUCAUGGAAUCCUAUGAAAGUUGGAGCUUCUCAACCCAACUUCCUGUCAGUGCUUGACAAAAAUGAUUGUCCCUUUCCUUAAAAAAAAUGGAACAUGUAA